CUGAAAGUCUAGCCGGAGAACAAACAACAUCUGGCCGUGGGGAGAGAGGAGAGGGACGAGGCUCAGCAAGGAUAUUAGCAGAUGGUGUCACUACAACAACACUUUGUCAGUAUGGAGGAGACUGUGAGGAGCCUGCUACAGAACCAGGAUACACUGGAGGGCCCCAGCGUGGAUCCACUGGACCUUAUGAAAGCCUACAAGAACAAACUCCUGGAGGAGAUGUGGAAACAGCAGAACAGUCUGGAGGGCCCAACACCCCCUUUGAUAGAUAGGAGGCCCAACUCUCCAGGAUGCAGCAUUAGGGGACAUGAGGAGGACUCCCACGAGGCCAAGCCACUUCUAGAGCGACUACGGGCCCUGGAGGUGGAGAACUCUGCCUUGACGAUGGAGAACGACAACCAGAGGAAGCAGUAUGAACGUUGUCUGGAUGAGGUGGCUAAUCAGGUUGUUCAAGCACUCCUCACUCAAAAGGACCUAAGAGAGGAGUGUGUGAAGCUGAGGACACGCGUGUUUGACUUGGAGCAGCAGAACCGCAUACUGAACGUUCUGUUCCAGCAGCGGGUCAAAAUAUCCAGCAACCCUGUCUCCCAGGAGGUCCAACGGAAUGGGAAGGCCGGUGUUCCUGCAGUGAGGUGGCCCAGCCUGCUGAGUCUGACCUGUCCACGCAGUAGCUGCAGUGGCAGUGAGGCCUCCUUAUCCAGUGCCUGUAGUGAGUACUCCAGUGGCUCACAUACUUGGGCGGAAGGACGUGGCUCCACCAAGCAGUCUGCAAUAAAUCGAGAGAAGAGGAUGAGUGCAACUUAUUGCUCUGUCUCAGCAGAGCAGCCGGACCUAAGCUGGAAAGAGGGCCACAUUCUGAAGGGCCUAAAGAGGCUCCAAAUGCGCAGCCCAGCUCCCCAGGAGCCAUCUUCACUUGCCUCCACGUCACAUUUCAAGAACUGCAUGACCUCCAACGAGGGCAUAUACUCUCUAGGGGUCAAGUGUUGUCCAAUAGGGGUACUGCCCGCAUUGGCAAAGGGAAAGCCUUUCAAGCCAGGUGCAGGAGUCAGUACCUUAAUCUCUGACUCGGACGAUGCAGAUGAUGAGUCGCCUCAAUCCCCAGUCAGGGAGUCCUGCUGCCCACCCAUCAAAGACACACAUCAUCUGGAAGGACAGCCUGCGUCUGAAUUGGAAAUGGCACAAGGGGAAAAGAGCUUUACGGACUACAACUCCCAAGAGGAGCCUGUAAGACUCGUAAGAAGUCCCAGCAACUCCCCCUCACCUAUCAAAGACGUCUUCUUGCUCAAGGGUCCUACACUGCAGCCUGGACUUAGCCCAACAGCGACCCCUACCACUGUGAGUGGACUUGAGAAUACAAACUGGAUAGAAAAAGACAAGCAGUCUGCCUUUACAAACUGGAAUGUUAUGGACAGUUGCAAUUUGAGGCCAGAGAGUGUUAAACAGCCACAAGAGAAAGUUACAGACAAACAACUAGAGACAGGGGCUAGGGAAGUGAGACAACCCAUUCAUCAUUCAGCAUCCAGAGCUCUGAGUUGGGUUAGUGAGGUCAGACAGCGCAGUGCUUCCAUGGAUACGAAGCAUUACAGAGAGCCAAACAGCCAGGGUGAAAUUGAUACCAAGGACCACACCAUUUUGGAGUCCCGACAGAGGAAAGCAAAGCCUAAGGCCUGCAACUCAGCAAGGAAGGCCUUUUUCCUCCGAAGCAAGAGUGCGGACGGAGGCUCAGACCAGGCCAAGCUGCACCAGCCUCUACAUCAGAAGCUGAUAAAAGUCAAUCAAAGGUCCAAGAACCACAUGAACACUCCUGGGUCCAGUGGCCCUGGCACAAAGACUUACCUCAGAAAGGCACCGGGUCCAGCAAAGGUAUCAGUACAAAUGUUUGAGAAAGGUAAGAAUGUUACUGGUGCAAGAACUUCAGGGCCACUUGAGAAUAGGGUACAAAGCUCCCCUUCUUCUUCACCUCAGAAACUGGUCAAGGUAUUUCAGCCACCUGGGCUGAAUGAUUACCCCAAGAGACCAUCGAAAGUAUCCCAACCAGUCUCCAAACUCCCAUCAAGUGGAGCAAAAGCCCCCAACUUCAACAAUUCAGCCUGCUUUCCACUCAAACAGAGACAGCAAGACCAGCACUCCGAUCCACCUCGCAAUGAUAUCAGGUCCCUUUCUCCUCCACCCCCACCAGGUCGGACCACCUCCCUACUAAUACGAUCUGGUCAUGACUCAUUACCUCAGGCGCAUAAGCCUGUGACUCAGCCCCAAACCUCUAGCACUGUGAAGGCAACCACCAAUAGCACCAAAUCUCAGUCAAGUCAUCAUUCAUCUAUUUUACAAAAGCAAACUCAAGCCCCCAUCAAAAUGCAAGACACUCAUCAUAUGGAUCCCAAAAUGGGCUCUCAGAUGAAAAAGUCUCCGAAACUGGUCCCUACCAAAGUUCACCAUACCUUACCAACUUCUACCCCUAUUCAAGAAUCUAAGGAAACAGCCUAUUCCCAAUCCUCACUGAGCUGGACUGUGGCACAAGCUUCCCAUCAGGAAAAUAGUGCCCCCUUUGUGGUGCCAAACCAGGGCUGUUUACCUGUGUCCCAGCAAAGCAAUGAUGAGCUACAAAGUACAGAGCUCUUACCUCAGGCCUCAGCAUCUCUUCUCUGCCAUGGCAUAGUUAGUAACUCUCAACAUUCUAUGACCAGGGUAGUGAAGUCAUCCAUUGUUUUUGGCUCCAAAACAAAUGAUUCAACCUCAAAGCCGGGCAACAACUCUACAGUUAACACUGCUACAAAGGGAGUGCAGACUUUUGAAAACCUUUACCAGGACACCUACACACGUCCAAUGAUGCACUGUGUCAAUGCAGCUGUAGCCAAGGUCAAUGCUAGGAGAAAUCUCAAGACCCGCUAUAGCUCACUAGAGGAGCCUACACUCCCACAUACAGCAGCAGAGAAUGAUGUAACUUUGGACUGGGGAUUUGAUGAAGAGGGCUGGCUAUUCAAGCGCUCAGUCUCAGUCUCUACCCGGCCUCCUAUCCACCCAGUAAUGGGCAUGAACGGAGCAAAGGCUCGCAGUCAAAGCUUCGGAGCACGUUACAUGGACAGACCAAACGUCAGCAGAUCAGGAAAAGUCCGUACUCACAUCAAAACUAACUCAGGAAGCUCUUUGAACUCUCUUGGUGAUGUAUUUUGGGGCAGUAUGAGUUGCUCCAACAGCUACCAUUGUCCCAUGAGCAGAUCCCACGUUAACAAUUUCAUGAUUGAGGAAGGCUUACCACUACCUCCACAUCUGGGGGCUUCCAGUGAUCGAUUUGAUCUGAAACACAAGAGGUUAAACUCAACAUCACAUCUCCAGACUGAGAAACAGCUCUCUAGCACCUUCUGUGAACCCAUCCAUGGGAAACCAGAAAGGCAGUCCACCAUCGAGGAGAAGGUCAUGAUGGGAAUCAAGGAGAAUUUGCAGAAAUCUCAGGAGCAGGAGAAGACAACUGAAACUAAGCAGAAAUCCGUCUCAUCCCUGGCAAACUGGUUCGGAUUCCGCAAGAACAAGCUCCCUGCUCCGAGUGGCAAAAACGUAGAUACUCAAAAGGGAAAGGAGGAGAAGAAGGAGCCUAAGCUUGGAUCUCUCUUGGGUGGGAAGCAGGCAAAGUCCGACAAAAAGGAGAGGAGGAAAAGUGAAGGUCAUCGAAUGGACAGCUCGGUGGGGAAAAGAGACUCCCAAGAUGCAUUUCUCCUCUGCCUCUCGAUGGCCUCCCAAGGAGCCUCAGUUAACAGCAACAUGCAAGGACAAACUGGCAUCUGUGGGGACACAAAGACAAAAACACAGAGGAUGAACCUCAGGACUGAUAACGACAAUGGAGCUGCAUUAAAGAGCCCCAGUCAAGAUCACGUGACCGGCUCCGGCUGCAAGAUGCGAACAUUGGACAGCGGCAUUGGAACGUUCACCCUCCUUGAUUCCUCCUCCUUCCUCCACUUCCUUCCCAAGUCCCCAUCGGCCCGGGGUCACUCCCUCAGCCCACCCACUGUGCCCAGUUCCUCUAGUGCAGAGGUGUCGCUCUCCCCAUUACCCAGGUGGAGAGUGCCUGCCGGCUCAAAGGACCAUCCCUGCAGCCAACCAGAGCUUGUCAACUCCUCGUUAUCCGACACCACUGUGACCUGUGUCCAAUCAGUGCCUUAUCCCACUGUGGCCUUCCUUCAGCCCAUCCAAUCCCUGUCUGAGCCCCUUGUGACCUGUGCCAAUGUAUGUGAUACUCAGAGCAGGCUGCCCAGACUAGCCUCAGGUAAAGCCCAGAGAUAUCUUGUCCAGAGAUACAGUGCCUUCAGAAAGUAUUCGUACACCUUGAUUUAUUCCACAUUUUGUAGUGUUACAGCCUGAAUUCAAAAUGGAUUACAAAUA